UAUGGCAGAAUCUUGAGUGAGAGUAUCACAAUGGGCAACAAACACAGCUGUUGUGUUUAUCCUGGGGGAAGGUCGGGUCAUUCUGCUUCAAGUCAAAAGGGAGGAGGUACAGGUUCAGAACCAAAUCCUGAAGAAGUAUCAGAGGAUCCACAGUGUAAUUUGCAACAUAUUAGUGAGAGAGAGCCAGAUGAUUUGGAUCAGGACCCCAGUCUUCACCCAACAGCUGGGCCACUCUUCCUUACCAAGUCAAAGCAGGUUAUAGAGAAUGGACUAGUCAGAAGAAGAAGUAGAAGUCAUUUGGAAGAUGGACGUACCCUCAAGAAAUCUUCCUCCUGCUCAACCAUCUACCUGGAUGACUCAACUGUGUCGCAGCCCAACUUGAAGAACACAAUAAAGUGUGUUGCACUGGCCAUCUAUUACCACAUCAGAAAUCGUGCUGAUAACCGCAUUCUGGAUAUAUUUGAUGAAAGGCUUCAUCCUUUGAGUCGGGAAGGAGUUCCUCCAGAUUAUGACAGACAUAAUCCUGAGCACCGCCACAUCUAUAAAUUUGUGCGCACGUUAUUCAAUGCAGCACAACUCACUGCUGAAUGUGCAAUUAUCACACUAGUCUACCUUGAAAGGUUACUGACAUAUGCUGACAUUGACAUGACCCCUGGAACAUGGAAGCGCAUUGUCUUGGGUGCAAUUAUUCUGGCCAGCAAAGUCUGGGAUGACCAAGCUGUGUGGAAUGUUGAUUACUGCCAGAUACUUAAGGAUAUAUCUGUAGAUGACAUGAAUGAAUUGGAACGCCAAUACCUAGUAAUGAUUCAGUUUAAUAUCAAUGUGCCGUCCUCUGUGUAUGCUAAAUAUUACUUUAGCUUACGUACGCUAGCAGAGGCCAAUGACUUGACUUUCCCAGCAGAACCCCUAAGUAAAGAACGAGCACAGAAACUAGAAGCUAUGUCCCGCAUUUGUGAGGGCAAGUAUGCAGAACAGUUAUGCCGUAAUG